AUGCUGGAAUUCCCGAGCAAGAUUGACUUGGACAAACAGAAUAGCGAGGGAUCAUCGGCUGUUCAUCCCAAUAUACCACUCACAAACUUCAAAAGUCCCGUCAACGCUGGUGCCAAGUUGGAAAUUCAGGACACCGUCGCAGGAGACACGCCUUUGGCAAAUGCCGCGUACAAUAAUCAGUUAGAAUACGCCGAGUAUCUUUUGAAACUUGGCGCCAAUAUCAAUCUAGUCUCGCCAUGCUACUGCGCGCCUCUUCAUCAAGCGCAUCUGGCAUGUAGCUUGAGUAUGCUGAUGUUGCUCAUCAAGCACUGGGCCGAUCCAAACUGCCCUUGCGAGGAUGCUGUUACGGGCGCCCCUCUACAGGCUGAACUAACGGCACACGAUGCUAAGAAUUCUCGUGUUGACGAGAUAGUUGACUAUCUGAUUGCAAAGGGCGCAGACGUGACGGCCGAGGGUGGGUUGUUUCGUUUUACAAUCAACGCCGCGGCAUUCCAGGAGACACCGACGCUGAUCAGUCGUCUUGUCAACAACGGAGCAACUAUAGACGUCAUGGACCAGACAAUUGUCGAUUUGGGCGGUGACAUCAACAGCUGGGACGAAAUGGGUCGAACGGCGGCCCAUUGGGCAUCACAACCAGGUCGUUCACAGCACUUGAGGUCGUCGAGAUGA